AUUCUACAGAAAAUGUCAAAUGAUGACUCUACUUUGGAAGAGAAUAGCCGUGAACCUCAAAGACAAGUUUCUUCAACAGAAAGAGUUGAAGAGGAAAAUGCACAGAGAAUAACCAGGAAUUUGCACUCCUUACUUCACUGGUCUGUUGAAAACUCUUCUGGUGACUACCAGGCCAAUGAUAGUUGCGAUACAGAGAACGGAUCACUAGAAGAGCAGCUUAUUAUGAAUCGAAAAUGGUUGGAAGCUCUUUUACCAAAUGAUGCGGAAGCCAUGCGCCUUUUAGGAGAGCAAAUAGCAGACUCGAACGUGGAUGACUCUCAGAGAACCCAACUGUUGGACGACUUGGAAGCUUACAUAGAAGAUAUCAAUUGUGCGAUCAAUAUGGAUAAAGUGGGAGCUUUCAAACCUGUUUUGGAAUGUCUGAGAAUAGACUCUAGCGAAGCUGUGCGUGCCAAGGCGCUCGAAGUCAUUGGUUCUGCAUUGCAAGAUUCCACAGAAGUCAGACAAACAUUUAUGACAUAUGAAGAAGCUAUACCUUUGUUAAUUGAGUGUAUGCGAGAUAAUAGUUCGCUUGUUCGAGCUAAAGCAGUUCGAGCAGUAUCCGCGUUAUUACGUAACUUUUCAGCUGCCAUUGGUCCUUUUCGUUCAGCCAAAGGAGGGGAGAUAUUAGUGCAAAUGGCAACAACUGAUGAAGAUAGAGCAGUGAGACAUCGAGCUUUGUUCUUUCUUGAACACUGUUUACAAAGUGAAAAUGAUUGGUUUGCAGUGGAAGUAGCAGCUAGUCCUGCUUCCGUAGCCAAUAUUGUUCAAAGGCUUCGUAUUCGACAGACUGAUAAUAUCGAACAUGCCAACGAUGUUUCUGAGUUGGAAGCAAUCAUAGGAGCAUUGACUACUUUGGCUAGUUUCCCAAAGACUGUAAGAGUGCUUCAUGAUGCUGCUCUCUUGCAAGUUCUAGAACAACUAGAGUUGCGCGAUAUUCAUGAAGACUUGACGAACAAAAUACAGCAACUUCGGAACAAGCUAUCAGAGUCACGUUAUUAACUCUGUACCAUUCUAUCGGAUAUUGUUGUUUCAUUUUGUA